CAUGGCGGCUUUGUGUUGGAUGUUAAUUGCGGUUUCUCAUUAACGAUUGUCAACAUGAUAAUCGUUAGGAUUUUCUGUAGUCUGCGCUUAUUUUGAUUAUAAUAAAUGCAUUUUAGGGAUAAUGUUAAUUCUGUACAUUGUUUUAAAAUGUUACUUUUUGGAGCAUUUAUUUUGACAAGUUAGAAUGUGUACUGAAUUUUAUAUGAUCUGUAGCCUUCGUUGUUUACUUUUUGUUUUGUCACUCACCGUGAACAUUACCUCAUUGUUAUGCAAAAAUACAAGUUUCAGUUUUUCACCAUCGCAGUCGAUGUUGCUUGCUUACGAAAAAGAUAAUGAAGAAAUCUCUAAUCAAAAACAAUACGUGGUAAGAUUAAAUGCCAAAGUGCUCGCACAUGAGCGAGAAAGACUGGAGAAAUCAUUUCAAAAAACUUUACUUAACUCUCCAAAUGCAAGGCACUUCUCUUUUGGACAAGGUAGCUAUUUUUUAAAUCCUGGUAAAUCUAUAGGUUCCUUUCUAAGGCGAAUCAGCAAUGAAGAACUAUGUGUUACUAAAAUGCAGGCUAUUUAUGAUACUCUACCAACAGCUGACAAAUUGGAUGAUUCACAAGAGAUUCUUGAAGAGAUAAACUAUAAACUCAGUCGAAAAUUGAAGGAAUAUAUAUCUAUCCUUACAAAAAACAAACAGUAUAUUGAAAGUAUUAAUGAUUCUCAACAGUUUCGUUUUGAACACACAGACAUUGCUUGUUGUCAGCUUAAAUCGGAAUCAUUAAGAUAUAGUGAGCACUUUGGAAUAGAUGUUACACUUGAUAGAGGAUGCAUGACAUUUCCUUAUUCACAUUCACCAUCAGGAUUGUAUAUUGGUAAAACAUUUUGUGCAGCUUUCCAAAUGCACUUCAAGAAAGCCCCAUCACUACUUUGGCAGUAUUUCAUUUCUCAUGAUGGUGCUCAUUUUGAAUAUCCUGGUUAUCAUCUGAAUUUCAAAGACUGUGAGCAAAAAACUGAUCGUCAUAGACAAAUAUAUCUGGACACUGUCAAAUCAAAAACAAAGCAUGUUAUUAUUGUUAUUGACCAAGGAAAUUCUUUAAGUCUAUUACAAUUUGGAAGUGCCAAAAUAAUAGGAAAACAUAUUCUUGGGCUACUGUCUUCUAAUGAUAAGGUUGUAACUUUUGGCUUAGCCUCUGAUAUUCAGUAUCCCCAAGGAAAUAAUUGUUCAAAAGAAACUUUGUUGUAUGCAACCAGUGAAACUAAGUUGGAGCUGACAAGAUUCUUUGAUAAUUUAACUAGAAAGCAUAAUGCAACAGACCAUGUAUUAGGAUUUCGAAAAAUUUAUGAAAUAAUUCAUGAAAUAGAACUAAAAAAUACUUCAAUAUAUCAUGAAAUUUUAGUUGCUUAUGUUAGCAGAGGUUUAUUGUCUUCAUUAGUGGAUGCCAAACAAGUUUUAGAAAUAAUAUCAGAUGGUAAUCAGAAAGCAAAAAGUCACAUUGUCAUAAAUACAUAUGCUUUGAUUGAUGAUGAUCGACCUGUAAUGUAUGAAACAGAUUUCUUGCAGGAUAUUGCAAAUCAGAAUUUCAAAAAGUAUAGCAUUCAUCAUAAAUCAUCUAGAAAAAUUCAGAAAGGAGUAAUGAUAGCUGUUAAUACAACAAAAGAUAUUUCUCUGACAAUUGGUGAUAUUUUUGAAAACUUUCCUGAUCAUCCAUCCUCCAAGACUGUGUUUUCUUUACCAUAUUUUGAUCCUGUCAGUAAAGGGAUGGUUGUCAGUAUAUCUCAACAAGUCUUCAGUGGAAAAAACAUAUUUGGAGUCACUGGUAUUGAUGUAUCACUUGCAGAUCUUACAGAGGAUGUUUCUUAUUUCAAAAAUUCUGAAUCUUUAUAUGUCUUUCUAAUUGAUGAGUCAGGAAUUGCUCUCACUCAUCCAUCCUUCAGUCACCCAACUUAUACCAGUUGGCAUCAUGUGCAUACUUUUAUCUGGCACCUUGAGGAUAAACUUCGAUAUCAGAAGCACUAUAAGGCUAUGCUCAGAGAACCAACCGGUCAGGUAGCAAUUCCUUUUAAAUAUUCUAAAUCUCUAAAUGAUGAUGGUAUAAAUGAAGAAAAAGUGGCCAUUUAUAGCUGGAAAAAGGUGGAAGGAACACCAUAUACUGCAUGUGUAGUUGUUAUAGAACCAACUAAGGCUAAAAAGAUUUUAAAAGAUUUGACUUAUACUGGACCUGCUGAAUUUUCUUAUCAUCGAAUAGACAUAAUGCCCACAACAACUUCAUGUAGGCACAUGAAACAACUAUCAUCACUUGGCACAACUGCAGUGUUUCUUUCUGCAUCUUGUUUUAUUUCACCAUACAAAUAUAUCAGAGAAGAAGAAGAUUUUAAAACUGUGUUAAGCUACAUGGCUUACCUGAAGGACACGAGGAAUGUCAUCACUAACCCAGGCUUAAAGCCUGGUGUAAGAAAUGAAGUGCUUGCUCUCUCCCAAAUUACAUCAGCUUGGAAAUCAGCAGCAGAACAUGAGGAAUUUUCUAAUUACAUUGUUAGAAGAUUUAUUGCAACUUAUAAUGGUGUCUUCCAAGUGUACCCUGCAACCUUAAUUGACAAGUCAUAUGAUGCAACACGUCGUGACUGGUAUAUAAGAGCUCUAGAACAUCCAGGAAAAAUUAUUCUAACUGCUCCUUAUUUAGAUGUGGGUGGAGCAGGUUAUGUUAUUACUCUUAGUCACACAGUGUUUGAAGGAAAGCCUACAGCAAUGCACAGUCCUGAUGAUAACAUUGUUGCGGUUAUGGGCAUAGAUUUUACCUUUGGAUAUUUUUACAAGUUUCUUCUUGAAAAGAUUCCUGCCUGUAAAUUGGAUCAUAUGAUUUGUUUCCUGUUAGAUGACAAAGGUUAUCUUGUUGCGCAUCCAGAUCUCAUAGAUCCUUCUGGCCGUGGUCCAGUUGAACAACAACAUAUAACUCAUAAAGAACCUUUGGUAGCAAAUGAUCUACUUAAUCAUCGAGCUUUUGUCACUAAAAAAGUUUGUGCUAGUUAUAGUGAUAGAACUAUCCAACGAUAUUAUCAGCUAAAUACAAGUUUAGAUACUGUCCUGACAAAUCUUGUUCAUGGAGAACAUUGUACAAAAUAUCAGGUUAUGCAUGUCUAUGGCACAAAUGUAUUCUUGGGAAUUGUGAACCAAACAUGUGAUGGCAUAACUGCUUUUUGCCCUUGUAGCAUGACUGAUAGGUUGUGCCUUAAUUGCCAUCGCAUGGAGCCAACAGAAUGCGAGUGCCCCUGUGAAUGUCCAUUAAAAAUGGAUUUGUGUUCUGGUCAGUUAAAUAAUGAUAACAGCAAUUAUCCAACAUGUCCACACUUCCCAGAAUUACCAAAUUUGCCUGUUGUAAAUCUAAAUUUACUGGAAUACUUGAAACCAUGUUAUGAGCAUCAUUGUUCAUCUCGGACAGAAUCCAGUGAUUGCUUUGGUGUUCUGGGUUGUGAAUGGUGUCAACUGGAUUCUGAUGGCAUAACAUCUCUCACAAAGAAAUUUUGUACUGAGCAACGGAAAUGUUUUGGUGGCGUUCUAGGAUCCAGAACUCCUUAUGCUGAUGAAAUUAUUGAAGAGUUGCCAGAAAGUGACUUCCUGGUUAUUAAGAGUACUCCAUUUGGUCCAGUUGCAGGAGGGCUCAUAACAGUUUUCAUCUUUAUUAUAAUAUUAGUAUACAUUAUUCGAUCACGUAGGCAUAAUAUCUCACAUUAUGGAUCGUCAUCACCUGAUUCAAAUUUCAGGAUGACUCAAUUAAAUAAUGAACCAGAAGAAAUGGAACCGUACCAAGAACAGAUCAAUCCAGUGACUCCAUUUUGCCGCCAACUGAUACCGCACAUAGAAAAUGUUGUGUCCCCUUAUCGAGUUCCCACCAAUUACAGGCGGCCUGCUGGUGGUGACAGUGAUCAUGGCUAUAGUACCAUGACACCCCAUGAGGAUACAGAACUUGCCCCUUAUUUUGAACCUUUACUGCAUGGAAGAAUUUCUAUUGAUCCCCCACCCUCGCAACAUUCACUGAGCAGUGGCAGUCGCACAUCUUCACCUGUUUCCUGUGUACCCUCAACCACCUGCUCUGCUUCUCCAUCCAUAUUAAAAAUGGAAAGUGGAGUGCCAUCUUGGGUGCCUCAGAAAGAUUUCCUUUGUAGUUCAGAUGUGAAAAGUAAAGGAACUUAUGUCCUAGCACAGGUGCAAGUUCACUCAGAAAAUAUGGACUAGUAAUAUAUUUAAUUGUAUAUUAUAAUUGAUGAUUCAGAAUAGAUGUUUCUAAGUCAUUACCUUUUUGAUUUUUCAUAAGAUUGCUGUAUAUUAAGCAUUUCACUCUUAGAAUUGAAUCUGAAUGACUUCAUUAUCCUGACAAGCAAAUAUGAUAUACAUAAACAUACCCAUAGAUUUUUAAUAUAUUUUUAUAAAGCUUUUUUAAUUAAAAUGUUUCACUAUUAUUAGUAAUUAAGCAUUAUGCCUGUCAUGGUAUUUCAGGCAUUUUAUAGUCCUAAGGUACAGGAUAAAGUAGUUUAAACAAAUAUUUUGAAAUGAUGGGCUAUAUUGCAAAUAAUUUAUUUCCAUCUAAAAUUAAUGAGACUAUCUUUUCAUUACUUUUAAAUUAAGAAUUCUAUAACUAGCUUUUAUUAAAUCCUUGUAGUAUGCCAUGACAUAUUUCCAUGCUGUUAAGCUCCCAUAUGUAAAUAUAGCAUCGGCUUUCAAAACAGCUGUACUUUUUUCCUGAUGGGAAAGGACAACUGCGUCAUUAAUUGAAAUCGCUUACCAUUUUUAAUAUUUUGAAAAAAUCGAUUUACUUUACUUAAGUGAAGAAAUUUGUUUUUAAAAUUUGCCACAAUUACAUUUCCACAUUUUUUUAAAAAAAGUUCUGUUAAGCAUGAAAUGAUGAUAUUCUAAAUUUUUGAAGCAAUGAAUUCAGAUUUUUAAAAAUUUCUAAAUGAAUAGAAUAAUAGUGAUUUCCUCUUUUAAUUUCUGUAAACUUUAGGAAAUAGUAUCAUGGGAACUUGGUUGAAAUACUAAUAAUCAUACUUAAAGCUUUUAAUAUAAUUAUCUAAAUUAAACUUAAAAUUAUUUUACUUGUGCAUAGUAGAAAUAUUUGAGAUUCUGUAUGUAAUCUUUUUUUUUCAUUCAUCUCAUAAAGAAUAUAAAUCACUAUCGAAAAAAAGAAAAAAAAAAUCUUGCGAGAUAUUAAUACUAAUUAUCAUAUCUAGCUCAAUACAUUAUCAUGAAUUGUUUGUAAAUAACAUUUCAUAUUAGUAAAUCAACUUAAAAGGUAAUUACAUUAACAUCUAUUUUGGAUCAUUUUGUAUAGUUUGUAUAUAUGUAAGUAUGCUAUAUUUUGUCCUUUAGUAACAUGCAGGUUAUGUUACACUGAUCUUAUUUCACUUAGUUUUUUAUCAGGUAACAUAUACAUUUAACUUGAAUUACUUUUUUAAAAAUAGGUCAAUCAUUAUCAUUUUAUUAUUUAUAAAUCACUGUCACAUUACAUUGUAAAUUUUUAAGUUACAUCUAUAAGAUAUCAUUUACAUAAAAAAAAAGAGUACAAUUGUUUAAUGGAAAAUGCUAUUUAUGGCAGCUAUAUUUCUGUUUAUAUUUGAAUAUAAUUAAAAAAUAUUGGUGUCACAUUUCUUUAUAAAGAUGUAUAAAUAUACUUAUCAUUAGGAGAUAGGGGUAAGACAUGAUAGAAUGAAGAAUAGAAAUUCUUUGUGUAACGUUAUUAGAGUGGAAUAGUUAUUGCAGUGGCCAUGUGCUUCCCUCUUUUAAAGAAAUCCUUUAUCAUUGUAUUCAUAUGUAAUUUUUUAAUCACAAAUUAAAUCAUUGAAGUUUCAUUUUGUUUUGAUUUUUAUAUACAUGGGAAUUUCAUUGUCUCAAAAUACUGUUAAUCAGAUUGUUUAAUGUAUAUUUUAUUGUUGGCCUAUGAGUAGUAUUUUAAAAUUUAUUAUUUUUCCCUUAUUGAGGUAAGCAUUUUAUUUAUUACAAAUUUAUACAGCAUUUAUUAUUUUAUUUUUGGUAAAAACUGUUUUACAGUAAAUAUUAUGUUUGUAUUUGAAUAUAACAAACUAUAUUUUAAAUGAAACUACUUAGUAUUUCCUUAAAAUUAUUUUCCAGUUUUUGGUUCUGAAAAAAAGUAUAUGUAUUUGUUGAUAUUAAAAAUUUUUUUUCUAUUGAAUUAUUUUAUAAUAUAAACUUUUCCUCGUGGCUUGUAUGAUAUAUUACUUAAUAUUUGCAUUAAGAUUUUUUUUUUUUACAACCCUUUAGAAGUAUUGAAAUUUAUUAAAUAUGAAACACUGACUUGCAAGCUUGAUAUACAGUGUGGAAAAAGGCACUUUCAUUUUAAAUAUAAUCUGUUGCAUCACACCUUAUGCUAAUAAAUAUCAUGCCACAUAAAAUUUUGUGUAAAUUAUAGCCAUAAAUAAGGAGCAUGUUGUUACUUAAGCUAUUGAAAGAUUUGAUUUAGUUAUAAAUAGUAUAUAUGCAAUUGUUAUUCAGGUCAGAUACAGAUUUUUAUACUUAAAGUUUGUUAGAUGUUCCCAAUUUUCAAAUAUUGAUUUACAUGCUAUUGUAUACUAUUGUCAGCAGUAUUAUUGGAAACUUUGCUAAUGUCUCUGGAUCUAGAUAGUGCUUUGAAUGAGAAUUUCUGAAAUGCAAUUGUUGAGUUUUUAUUGUAUAUUUAGAGCUUCAGAUUAACUUGCAGGUUUUCAAAUUUUCUUAUUUGACUAUUUUUUGUA